CCUCAAGAUGUCCACCAAGGAGAAGCUGAUCAGCCAUGUGAUGAAGGAGGAGCCUGUUGGCAGCAGGAACAAGGUGACGGUGGUCGGUGUUGGAAUGGUGGGCAUGGCCUCUGCCAUCAGCGUACUGCUUAAGGACCUGUGUGAUGAGCUGGCCCUGGUUGACGUGAUGGAGGACAAGUUGAAGGGUGAGGUCAUGGACCUGCAGCAUGGAUCCCUCUUCCUGAAGACACACAAGAUUGUGGCUGACAAAGACUACAGUGUGACAGCCAAUUCCAAAGUGGUGGUGGUGACUGCUGGUGCCCGCCAGCAGGAGGGCGAGAGCCGUCUGAACCUGGUCCAGCGUAAUGUCAACAUCUUCAAGUUCAUCAUCCCAAACAUUGUCAAGUACAGCCCCAACUGCAUCCUGUUGGUGGUCUCCAACCCAGUGGACAUCCUGACCUAUGUGGCCUGGAAGCUGAGUGGUUUCCCUCGUCACCGCGUCAUCGGCUCCGGCACCAACCUGGACUCUGCCCGUUUCCGCCACCUCAUGGGAGAGAAGCUCCACCUCCACCCUUCCAGCUGCCACGGAUGGGUCAUUGGAGAGCAUGGAGACUCCAGUGUGCCAGUGUGGAGCGGUGUGAACGUUGCUGGAGUUUCCCUGCAGGGCCUCAACCCACAGAUGGGUGCGGAAGGCGACAGUGAGAACUGGAAGGAAGUGCAUAAGAUGGUGGUUGACGGGGCCUAUGAGGUCAUCAAGCUGAAGGGCUACACUUCCUGGGCCAUCGGUAUGUCUGUGGCCGACCUGGUGGAAAGCAUCUUGAAGAACCUCCACAAAGUGCAUCCCGUGUCCACAUUGGUCCAGGGCAUGCUUGGAGUGAAGGAUGAGGUCUUCCUGAGUGUCCCUUGUGUCCUGGGAAACAGUGGCCUGACGGAUGUGAUUCACAUGACGCUGAAGCCGGACGAGGAGAAGCAGGUGCAGAAGAGCGCAGAGACCCUGUGGGGCGUACAGAAGGAGCUCACCCUGUGAAGAAGUGUCCUCUGAAUUCUCACACUGUAACCACACGAGGCACUGUGUGGUCAACUCCCUCCUAACAUACCUCCUGUGUCCCUUAAGGCAAAAAGGGAAUAAAACCUCAGAAUAUCUAAAAAAAAAGGGAAAAAGCUAGAUUUUACCUUUAGAUAUUCACUGAUAGGUGUAUUUGUUCCUCUGCUGCCUCCCACAUGUUCUCCUCCAUGACUGAAUUCUCAGAAACACAUCUCAUACCUUUCACCUUUGUGCUCAAAGAGGAGUUACCUAUUUGUUGUUCUGUCCACACAAGACAGCUAAAGCCUUAGCAUAUUGCGUAUGUAGACUCCAUGCACUGUGUACUGUUACUGCUUCUUCUUUACACUCCCUGUCUGUAGCUACUUGAUUGUUGUAUUUUUUACCACUUGGUGAUCUCUGUUCAUUUUUUUUUUAUUUGGAUUAUGAUGGAGACAUUCCGUUCUCUCUGAGGGCUUCCUGUCAACCGACAGCCAUAACAACACCGCUGCAAUCAUCACAAGGCCUUGAUCCUGUGAUAGCAAAGUACCUUAUCAUAUGAGAGAAGCAAUGCUGCGUCUACUGGAUGGCACUGAAGCCUUUGUAAACAUCUUAACCACAAGUGCACUGAUAGAAAUAAACCAUUUAAAUUGAAAAGUUUAAAGAACAACAGAGAUCUAAUGGGAAAGAGUCAGCUACAAGUAUGACCAAUCAGAUGAUCACGAUGGAAGGUAAAAAUCCUGAAGAUGGUGUUCUUUUGUUCGCGUACCCUAAACACCCUUAAAGGGUUUUGUAUUUAUUUUACUUCACCUGACUCUGUAAACAUCAAGAGUUAAAGAUAGUAUUAUUUAUAACUGUUAAUACUUUUGAGAUCUAUUUAUGUAUUAAUGUAUUAAAAUCUAUUAACUCACCAGACUCACUGAAGAUCUGUAUCUGUCAUGGCAGAUGGAUAUUGGUUUUUAUUUGCUGUAACAUCAAAUAAAUCUGCCAGGAUAGUGGGAAAAAAAAA